GAGAGAUUGCAGAGCGGGAGGAAACGGACCGCGUUAUUUAUUCUUCCUUUUCUUUUUUUUAUUUCUCCUUUCACCUUCCUUUCCUUCUCCCUUGCCCCGUCCAUUUUCAGAAACAGGGACCAGAAGCCGACUGGCACGCUCUCUUUCAAGUGCUCUGGAAUGUGUGUCCCUGACCACCUGUCCUGCUGUCGGAAUGACUAUGCCAUUAAGCCCACUGUCCAGUGAUGAGGAUCACAAAAAUUUUGUUGACUUCCCUGAGGAAGACGAAGAGGAAGAGGGUGACGUGGGUGAAGGACCUGUGUCAGACAGUGAGGAGGAAGAGGUGCCACACAAUCAAUCAGGGAGGGGUCAACAGGUACCCCAAACAACUAGUGGAAGAACAACAGGAGGAGGAGGGGGAGGAGUGGCUAAUCCUCAUAUUUCAAACCCCACAUCAAACUCAAACCCCAACCCCAGCUCUGCUCACAGCAGUAAAAAUCCACACACUGGAACUGGGGGAGGAAACCCAGGUGGGGGAAGGAGACUGAGAGAUCGUAGCCUUUCUACAGCCCCUUCUUCUGACGACACCCAUUUCAGCAUGAUGGUCUUUCGAAUUGGAAUCCCAGACAUCAAACAGACGAAAUGCCUACGGUUCAAUCCAGAUGCUACCAUUUGGACUGCCAAACAACAGAUUCUUUGCACACUGAAUGAAAGUCUCAAAGAUGUCCUAAACUAUGGGCUCUUUCAACCAGCUACCAAUGGACGAGAUGCCAAAUUCCUGGAGGAGGAGCGUUUACUACGCGAGUACCCUCAAUCAUUUGAAAAGGGGGUGCCCUACCUAGAGUUCCGCUAUAAGACGAGGGUCUACAAGCAGACAAAUCUGGAUGAGAAGCAACUGGCCAAGCUACACACCAAGGCCAGCCUGCGGAAGUUUCUUGAUCAUGUUCAGACUGGCAAUGUGGAAAAGAUGGCAAAAUUCUUGGAUAAGGGGCUUGACCCCAACUAUCAUGACUCUGAUACUGGAGAGACUCCUCUGACUCUAGCAGCUCAGUCUGAACUUGGGUGUGCUGGCCUUCGAGUGCUCUGCUUAGGAGGAGCUCAUAUUGAUUUCAGGGCACGGGAUGGAAUGACAGCCCUGCACAAGGCAGUACGAGCUCAUAAUCAUAGUGCUUUGCUGGCUUUACUUGAUCUUGGAGCAUCUCCCAAUUACAAAGAUCGUCGUGGUCUUACUCCACUUUAUCACUCUGCAAUGGUUGGGGGGGAGACGAUGUGCUGUGAGAGCUUGCUGUACCAUCGUGCAAAGAUUGGUAUACAGGAUGAGAAUGGCUGGGAGGAGAUUCACCAGGCCUGUCAAAAUGGACAUGCACAACACCUGGAACACCUGCUGUUUUAUGGAGCAGACUCCAGUAGUCAAAAUGCAUCAGGCAAUACGGCCUUGCACAUAUGUGCACUGUAUAAUAAGGAGAGCUGUGCAAGGAUUCUCCUGUACCGAGGAGCCAAUAAGGAUAUGAAAAACAACAAUGGGCAAACACCAUUUCAAGUGGCUGUCAUAGCCGGGCACUUUGAACUCGGAGAGAUCAUAAAGAAUCACCAAGAUUCAGAUGUAGUUCCAUUUUUGGAAUCACCUAAAUAUGCACCUCAGCGGAAGGAAAGCGGAAGAACACUGUCAAUCCCACAUCCUCUGCUUCGAGCCAACAGCGACAAUAGCCUUAAUCUACCUGACUGGAUGGUUUUCCCAGGCAGCACAGGACAACCAACCACUACUACCACUGCUGUGUCAAUACAGGGAUAUAAAUCUGGAGGGACUAUUAGGAGCUCAAGCAGUCCUAGGGGUGCCAGAAACCGCUCCCCAUCACGUGGCAGGGGAGGCCCUGAAGAAGGAAGAAGACAGACUAGAGGCAGACAAGGACCAAUGGGUAGUAAGGAAUCUUCCAGCAAUGCAGCAGGAACUGCUAACAGCAGAGCUACUGGCCUUCAGAGAAGAAAGCUAUACAGCGCCGUUCCUGGGCGCUUAUUUGUGGCAGUAAAAUCUCACCAGGCCCAGGGAGAGGGUGAGCUCUCCUUCAGUAAGGGAGAUAGAGUAAAAGUUCUAAGCAUUGGUGAAGCUGGCUACUGGGAAGGUACUACCAGGGGCCGUACUGGUUGGUUUCCAUCUGAGUGUGUUGAAGAAGCUGCAGUGAAAACUCAGGAUUCACGACAAGAAAGCCGAAGUGAGAAAGCCAAGAGACUGUUUCGCCAUUACACUGUGGGUUCUUAUGACAGCUUUGAUGCCCCAAGUGAUUACAUCAUCAAAGAAAAAACAGUUUUGCUGCAGAAGAAGGAUAGUGAAGGGUUUGGAUUUGUGCUUCGAGGAGCAAAAGCUCAAACUCCUAUUGAAGAGUUCACUCCAACACCAGCAUUUCCUGCCCUGCAGUACCUGGAAUCUGUUGACGAAGGAGGUGUGGCCUGGAGAGCAGGGUUAAGAAUGGGAGAUUUCCUGAUUGAGGUGAAUGGACAGAAUGUGGUUAAAGUUGGACACAGGCAAGUUGUGAACAUGAUUCGUCAAGGAGGCAAUAACCUGCUGGUCAAGGUCGUGAUGGUAACACGUAAUCCAGACAUGGAAGAAGCAUCUCGAAAAAAGAUUCCCCAACAAACCAAGAGGCUGACACCACCAGCAAUUGCACUGCGCUCUAAAUCAAUGACCUCAGAGCUUGAAGAGAUGGUGGAAAAAGCCUCCCCAUGGAAAAAGAAGACAGAUUAUGAUUCCACCCAGGUUACAGAGAAGAAAAGAACUGUCUAUCAGAUGGCCUUGAACAAACUGGAUGAAAUAUUAGCUGCUGCCCAACAAACAAUAAGCACCAAUGAAAGUUCUGCAUCAAGAAGCCAUGUAUCAGCCAGUAAGCGUGAAAGAGCAGCAGGACGAGGUUUCUUUACAGCAGAGCCCAGCUUUGAUCAAUCAGCCCUUGGAAUGAUGCAACCAGGUGCAGGAGUUUCCUACGAAAGACCUUCUUUUCUGUCAGGGCAUCCUCAUCAUCCUGGUAUGAUGUUACGACAAAAAUCCAUUGGAGUUCCUGAAGAAGAGAAGCACUUCCUCACUCCACCACCAAUGAAAUUUGCCCGUAGUCUCUCUGUCCCUGGCCCUGAAGAAAUACCACCCCCUCCCACCACAGCACCCCCUGAACCGCCCUAUACUCCUGGACCUCCAACAGGCUGGGGAGGUCCUGGGGGUGGUGGCAGUGGUGGUGCUGCUGGAGGAGGAGCAGGAGGUGGAGGACAACAGAUAUCAUCGCACCAACAUCAGCAACCACAGCAACAUCAACAACAUGUAUUUCCUCAAUACUCACAUCAUAUGCAGGCACAGUUCCACCAGCAGCCCCAGUCACACUCACAGCAGCAGGCACAACAAAUAGGACGAAAUCAAGCUCUUUUGUUUCACCAGUCUCAACAACAGUCAGGAGAUUCUAAACCUCAUCCUUCCCGUAUUAGAGGACCAAGUGUCUAUCAGCCAGAAUCCAGCAUAGGUGGCAAAUUCCAGCCCACACCAGUAGAACGUGAAAGGUUACGUCGAGCUUACAGUAAUGCUCCUGCUCCAAUCAGCAGUCAGCAAACUCCCCAUUCUGCUGUGUCUACAUCUAGUACAAGUGGAGGGCGGCCACCUUCAGGCCAUGCAAGUAGCACCUCUCCAGCAGUCCAGACACAACCGGCAGCUGGAGUUUAUGCUCAACCCUCAAAGCCAUCACGUCGCAAAGGCCAACUUGUCAAGCAAUCAAAAAUCGAAGGCGAUAAGCAAACACAGCAAAUUCAACAGCAACAAAAAAAGCAGCAAAUCACUCAACUUAGCCAGGAAAAAAGUUCAAUCCCCAUUCCAACAAUUAUUAUUAAGGCCCCAUCCACAAGUAGCAGUGGGCGCAGCAGUCAAGGUAGUAGUAUGGAAGCUGACCCUCAGACAGAGCCUUUGCCAGCUCUGCAAGCUCAAGAAGGCAUGGAUUUUACAAGUCAGUUUGGUGCAGCCAUUGUUGGGGCUGCUCGCCGUGACCGGGAGCGAUUCCAAGAAGCUCGGCGUAAAUCUUCACUUUUUCUCUCUACAGAAGAAGAACAAGGGCCACCUUUAACACCAACUCCCAGAUUAAGACCUUCAAAAUCUAUAGAUGAAGGGAUGUUCUCAGGAGAAACCUACCUUCAGCAAGUACGUAGUAUGCCCCCUACUUUUGGUCUGGCAGCCUAUUCAGCUCCCAGUGAAUAUAUUGCACCUGCUCAGCCAAAAUCUAUGCCUUCAGAGUUUUAUAAUACAUCAGGAGCAAGUUCAGGUUCACGCUCCAUGCAGAAAACUACUGCAUUUAUUCACCCCUUAACUGGUAAGGUCUUAGAUCCAUCUUCACCACUAGGAUUAGCACUAGCAGCUAGGGAAAGGGCAUUAAAGGACCAGUCUUCAACAGCUGGUAUCUCUCAGUCUUCUCACAGUAGUCUUGAAGAAAGGAGGAGAAGAGAGAGAACUGUGGGAUUGGGGUCUACCUCACCUUCCUACAUGGUGUCCGCUUCUUCCAUAUCAUCAACUGCAAUGUCUCAUGCUAGCAGUAAUGUGUCUACUACUACAAGACCACCAUCACCAAGAUUCUUUGGGAAAGACAGAAUGGCUGGAUGGGGAAGAGAAGGAGAAAGAAGGGACAGCACAGAUAUUGACGGAUCAGGAUCAGUAGAAAAGGAACGUGAUAGCAGGGUUGAAUAUAGAGUUCGCUUUUCCGAAGACCCAGACACCCACCAGCAGCAAAGACAGCAUCACACAGCACCUGAUGGCUCUACCCAUAUGGAUCGAGGGUCUAUAAUACAAACCAACACUUCUGAAAAGGGAUUUCCUGCAGUGCAAAGUGGGAGGAGGCCCUCAUACUCCAACAAUGGAUUUAUGGAAGAAGGAGUUUCUGAUACAGGUCUAGGGCUGCUUGUUCUACCUCCACCAGCUCCAUCUGUUGAUGUUGAUGAUGAAUUUGUUUUUGCAGACCCUUUGCCACCUCCUUUGGAAUUUGCCAACAGUUUUGACAGAGGUGGAGGAGUAAACAGUUUUAGCAACAGCCAUGACAAAUCUGUGAAUGUUGGACUAGAAAGAGAAAGGCAGACACAAAUGUCCUCAUCACUUUCUCAGACCUCUCACACUAACUUAUCUUGCUUGUCUGGGUUGGGGAACUUGGCACCUACUAUUCCUCCACCUCCUCCCCUACCCUUAACACUUCCCUUAUCCCGGGAUGCUAUAAAUAAUAGUCAACCACCUCUUCCUUCACCUACCUGCCCACCCACCCCACAAACAGCUGAUUCUACAACCUCAAGCUUGACCUCAUACGACAGUGAGGUGGCUAACCUCACCCAGGCUGGCCCAUCUUGUUCUGCUUCUGCUGUUAUUUCAACCACAGCUGCAACACCACCUGUAUCUACACACAUGGGAACCUCGGCUUCCUCUACACCAGCGUCUCCCCCAAUUCGUCCACCAUCAUCCUCAGAGAGAGGAGCACAUGUGAACUUCUCUGAUGUAGUUUGCUCUAUCAGAAUUCCUCCUUCAGACCCUAUGGACACAGUAACAGAUUCUGGAAUUGAAGAAGUAGACAGUCGAAGCAGUAGUGACCACCACUUGGAGAAUACUAGCAGCGUGUCCACUCUCUCUAGCCUCUCAAUUGAAGGUCUAGGAAGCACUGGUGGAAGCACUGGUGGCAGUGAAUUACUAGAUACAUAUAUUGCUUACCUGGAUGGACAGUCGUUUGAGCUAGACAAGCCCCCUUUUCCAACACAUCCCCAGAAAUUGCGUUCCAGGCCCUAUGGCCUUGGAAGGCCUCUAUCAGCAAUCCGUCACUCUCCAACAGACACAAACGAAUCUGCCACACGAAGAGACUCCUCCCCUGAAGGGACAGUAACAACAAAUCCAGGGCUAUUUGGUGAUCGUCCAAAGACACCUGAGCGCAAGCAGUUGUGGGGGCCACAGCCGGGAGAUGAUCAGACACCCAGCCCCUACUUCCAACCACCAGGAAAAGGACCUCCACUCUCUAGUAUGAAGGCCAGCAUCAUCAAUGAGCUUAGCAGCAAGCUGCAGCAAAUGUCAGGAGAAAGCUGGAACCGGUCAUCUAUGGAAUCUGCUGGAGGGACAACAAGUUCAAUUGGGUCACAAAAAGUCCUCAGUACCAGCAGGCAAAGGCUCUCAGAAGACUCCCCUACACUGAGUCCUCCACAGAAACAGUCACCUUCACCUUCCCCUCCUCCCCAGCCCACAGCCCACUUUCAGAACUGGGGCAAGUCAUCUUCUCAGUCCCCAACAUCUCAAAUACCACCACCCAAUCCCACAUCUCCCUCUCAGUCACCCCAGUUUCACCAUUACCCUCCCUCACCCAAACAUCAUCAUCAGCACCCAAGAAACAAAGCUUUGGAAUUUGAAAUUAUGAGAGGAGGGUCUGCGGACCGAAUGGGUAGUCCUCAGCGUCGCAGAGCCCCCAGCCCCUUGAUAUCUCCUACAGAACGUCCCAAAAUUAGCCCUCCUCGCCCAUCGUCCCUCCCUAUUCUUCCAACAACCCCCAUGUACACAGGAGUUUUUGACAUUAGGGGCUCUCCAACCUCUUCACCUUCCAAUGCCAUGGCUGAUUCUUAUUUUUCCCAUUCCCCUCCUUUAUUUUCUCAUUCUGGGGGUCCAGGCACUUCUCCUUUAUCUUCAAUGGUAUCUCGUUCCCUUUCUCCAACACUCUUUCUGUCCGGAGCAAGUACUGGAUCUGGACCUGGUCUACCUUUUCCUCCAAACAAGCCCUUUGCAAACAAACCACUACCAUAUUGGACAAAAUUUGAUGUGGCUGACUGGCUAGAUUAUCUGAAUCUUGGAGAACAUCGUGAACAUUUCUUGGACAAUGAAAUUGAUGGAACUCAUCUACCCUCUCUCACCAAGGAUGACUACUUUGACCUGGGAGUGACCCGGGUUGGACACAGGAUGAAUAUCGAGAGGGCCCUUAAAAGAAUCCUGGAAAGGUGAUUAUCAGUUACCUAUCUGAUAUCACCAGUAAUAAUAUUUUAAAAUAAUUCAAAUUUCUUGGAAGAAAGAAGGUUAAGGUUUUUUUUUUUCAAACUUCCAUACAUGUUAAUUACCAUUCUCUUAACUAAUAUCGACAGACAUCUGUGAAUAUGAAAUGUGAAAUAAGUUGUCAGUGUACAAGGAUUCAAUGAAUGCCUGCUUGGGGCAAAUAUGUGCUUUGAACGCUGUGAGAAAUGUCCAUAUGUUCCUCAGUUAAAUUAGUAGAAAUAAAACAUUAUCAAGUAAUUCAAGCUGAUGUCAACAAAUGAAAACUGAGACUUUGAAGUUAAAAGCUGCAAAAUGAUAAAAUAUGAAAAGUUUUAGUGGUACCUGUAUCUGCUGGUAUCAGCAAAUAUUAAUAUUAACUUUUCUGUGGAAUAUACGAAUUUUGAAUUCAAGGGAAGGCUAAUAUUUAAAUGAUAUAAUGAACAAACUAAUGUAGAGUGGCAACAGCAGAUAGUCGAUACUGUAACAGAUGGGAAAAAGCAAGUGCUAGAUAUAUGUUUAAUCUAGUUCUGAAAGAUAAAAUGAGUCCUCCAUUUAAUAGAAAUCAAUAUGUAGUCAUGCAUUUAUAAACUAGUAAAAAGGAAAACCAAUUUGAGUAAAGUGCUAUAUGUUUUCUUUCAAUGCUCAGAAAGGAUUAGUGAAUAGCAUUGUCAAGGAAAGGAAAGACAAGCACAGCAAGUUCUUUCACUGUGUUGGUCAUGCCCUACUGCAGACUAUCAUUGCACAAUGGCUUGAGAUCCUUGAUAAGAUCAAAGCUGCAGAGGCUGCUAGUUAUUUCUCUAAUUGCCAUCUACUGUACUUUGAUCCCAGAUUGCUCAUUUAUCAGCUCCUGCUUAAAAUAGGAAAAUAUCUCCUGCAAUUGUUUUAUCCUAGAAUAUUUCCUAGUGCUUUUCUUGUAUUGCAGCCCUUUUAAAGCUGCCAUAGAACCAGGACUAUGUAUUUUUCAGCAUUAUAAAGUUAAUACAAUGUUGCAAUUAUAACAUUAUAAAAAUAUGAGUGAUUAAAUAUUACAUUAAAAUAUGUAAUCAAAGAAGUAUCAAACCAGUAACACCUAUUAAUAUCCAUGGUAAAAACGAAUAACACUUAUUGAUACCAAAGAAGUGAAAAUGUUUGUGGAGCAAGGCCACUCAAUCAGUUCCAUUCCAUAGUAGUAAGACUGUCAGCACUUCCAGUACAUCUUUUGAUAUACUGUAUUUACAAAAAUGCCAUUAUAUGCAUGUCUGCAUGCAAUAUUUGUUAGACUCAAUCCAUUUCUAAAGCAGUGUGGCUGCACCUUAUAGCCUUUUGAUAAUCUAGGGAGUUACUAUGACCAUAACUUUCCAUGCAUACUUGAGGGCCAAAAAAGUGCAGACAGUGCUGGCAGCUAACCACACCAUUGCAGAAUGCCAGUCCACACAUCCUUAAACAAUGACAUGAAAUCACUAACAUCAAUGGAAAUGUUAAUGCACACAAACAUGGGGAGAACCUUCAAACUUCAUAUAGCAAGCAUCUUAAACAGGAAUUAAAUCUAGAGCACUAACUACAGUCAGAGCCUUUUUAGUUUUGUAAUGCUCAUUCCAUAUUCCAAAAUCUAAAUUCAACCAGGGUAAUCAAUUAUAUUAAAAAAUAGAGACAUACAUGUUGCAAUGUUAAAUAGUCUUUGGAUUGUGGAAGAAAACCCAUGAACAAUAAAUACCAGUUAAAUUCAGUAUCUUCUGGUACAGAGCCUUUUCCAAAGGACUGGCACAAAGUGUGCUGCAUAUUAGUAAAUAAAACAGAGCUACAUCAAACAUAAAAUGACACAUAAUAUAUACAUACUAACAUACACACUUGUACAUAUUCAUUUAACGUUCAGUGUUUGAAAUUCUUGAGGUUUUUAUGCAUAUAUACUGGAAAAAGAAAAAAUCAAAAGCCUUUCUGACUUAGGCAAAAUGAUUGCUAGGGUGUUCUGUAAUGUACUAUGGAGUUGUCCAGUGUCCAUGAUUUUCAUUGAGUCAUAUGAUAGCCUGUUAAUGGGGCCUCAUUGGUCGCACCAUUGUCUCACACUUCGUGGUCCUGCUCCAAGGCCUGGUGAGGUGAUAUAAUCAAAGCAACAAUAAUGACAAACACCAUCAUGGACACAAAGAAGAAAAAACAGCUAACUGUACAAAAAGAAACAGUAAUGCGAUAGCCACAUCUGCAGCUGUAACAAGAGUAUGUCAUACUGAAAUAAUUAAUUCUACUGUAAUAUUGUUUUCACUGCAAAUUUCAGUUUUAACAUUAAUAGCACAUCCGAAACAUUAUUAGGUAGAUUUGUCUGGAGUUUAUAGCCCUUUAUCAUUUUAUCCUAGCACUAUACUAUGAAGUAUAUACAUUAAUGGACAUUGUCAAUUGUACAAAAAGUAAAGUUACUAAAACACAAGGGAAAAUAUUUAAAGAUUAGAAAAUGAGAUCCUGGACCAGAAAUAAGUGAAUAUUAAACAAAUCAGGGCAGGGACCAUGCCAAUCAAUUCUAUACUAAGAGACCAGGAAACUUUUUUGUGACAGAUGUACUGUAUGUUGUCUUCUUAUUCAAAUGUAUUCUGCUAUGUCAGUAUAAAAUAGCAUGCAUGUAAUAGUUGGCCACUUUUCAGAAACAAGAAUUUAUUUUUGUAUAAAGCUCUUCAGAUUAUUUACAUGAUGCAAAAUGCUGAACUGUCCACCAAACACGAAUACAUCAGCAGGCAUAAAAAAUGAGUAUCAAUGCUUCUUUAGUUAGAAAUCAUUCCAAUAUUUGACACAAUUUCCUGCCAAAUGACUCACUGUGAAAACAAGUUGAUAAUGCUGACAGUCUAUGUAAAUUCAAUUCUUUAUAACUGUAUUAAUAUUUCCUAGCACCUUGUCAUCCUUCAUUGAAGUAUCAUAAUCUUUCAGGGAGAAAAAUAACUUAUUUUAAUACAAAGUCAACUAAUGAAAAAAUUUAAUAACUAAGUCAAACACAUUACAUUUAAUAGUGUAAACCACCUGUGUGAGAGUGUUAAGAAAGCAUCAGAGUGUCUUUAGUUUGAUGAAAAGAGACAAUCGUAAGCCUUGUAUAUGUUCAGUUUUGAAGCCUGAAUAUGUUUUAUAGCAUGAUCACUACUUAAGUCAUGCAAAAGAGUGAUAUUUAACAUUUUAUUAACAUCAUCAUUGUUAUGUAGUCCAUUAUCAUUGCUAUAUAGCCUGAGCAAAAUUAUGUGUCACCAUGAAUUGACUGCAAAUUAGCUGCAAACUUGUAAAUAUGGAAAACUGAGGAAUAAAUGAGAGACAUUAGUUGAAACGUAAAGAAUAGCUAAAAAUGCUUAAAAAAAAUUUUAUGUACUAAGGGCUCGACCAACACAGUAGCACAUAGGGCAUGAAAAAAUGUGUAUGGGUGUUACAUGCAUUUCUGUCUGCCUCUCUGACUCUGAAUGGAUGCAACAUGUCAUAUCUUUCUUGUCAUAAUGCUAAUUUGAAUGUUCUAUAAUUUGCUCUCUUUCUUUCUUAAUUAAUUAAAAAACAGUUUAUUUCCAUCAUAUGCAUUUUCUGAAGAAAACAAUGUUAAAAACAAGGGCUGUUUAUCUGUCUGUCAGGGUUUCUCUCACUACCUCUCUCUUCCUCAUCCUUCCACCUGUUGCUUUUCUUCAUAAAUUAUUGUUUUCCUUUCAUUUUGUAUCCUUGUUUCUCCUCAGAUUAUCUAAUUGCUUAGAAUAUUAUGUAACUGUUAAUGGCUACAGUGAUGCUAAGGGGAAAACAAUGAGGGGAGGGGUGGGAGGAGAGGUGACCAAUCAGUUGAGAGAGAACCAAUGAGAGAACAGACUUAGCUGAACAGAACAAUGAAAACUACAAAAGAUCAAGGUGAAUGAGGUCUGUUUUAGAAAGUGGAGGGUCAGGGGCUAUUUCUCAAAAAGCCAAAUAAAUAUAUUCUGAUGUGUUGAGGUCACAUUUCACAAAUAACUUAUGAUAUAUGAAGGAAGGUCUUUCAGCCCUUCGUGUAUCAUAAGUGACUGUUGACCCUUCCACAAUAUACAUUAUGGUCCCUCUGACUCCCACACUUUAUGAAAAGGCUUAAUUUACACCAUUAAAACAUCACUCAAAAAUAUGAAGUCUUCCACUAUAUAUAAAAUUUUAAAACUAUUUAUUGAAAAAGAAUGAACAUGAGAAUAUUAAAACACGAAAAAUAUACAAAAAAUUAAUUUUUCUUUCUUGUCUGUUUGUGAAAUAUGAAAAACAAAAAAAAAUAUUUUUUUCUAUGUGUUUAACUUGACAAUGUUUACGGUGUUAUAAAAGAACAGUUCAGGUGUCUUAGGGGAUGAGUUUCUGAGACUUUCGGUGAGCCUGUCAGAAGCUAAUGAAUUGUUUUUGGGGGUCGAACCUGCGUCACAGGUUUUUAAUUUUUUUUUGUGUUUCUUUAAUAUUUUAAAUAUUUAAAAAUCUCAAUUGGACACAUAUAUGCUUAGAAACCAGACAAGGGCAGAGCCACAUCUAUCACAAAAAGGUGAUGGGAGAAUAUUAUGAAAUAGAGCAGGUGUAAUAAGUGAUUGGUGCGGUAUUGAAUUUUAAUUGCAGUAUUUCUCUAGCCUAGGGACCUCUUAUAAAGAAAGAGUCAUUAGGUCUAGGCCAUGUUUAGUGUGAAGUAUGCAGUAUUUUUACUUGAAGUGUCUCUGUUCUACACAGUGAAGCAGUGAAGAACUGUCUUUGGGCUGAAGAUGCCACAAAUUAUCUGGUAUUGCUUCAGAAUAUUAAUAUUUUAUAAUGACAUUUGACUCCCUGUCUUCAUGCUAUAUAUUGUACAAGUCUUUUAAAGCCAUUUUGCAAUACUACUACAGUUUUUUGCUUUGGCUAACGAGUAUGCCUCCUUAGGCACUUGUAUAAAAUUAAACAUGCAUUGUUCUAGCUCCUAUUCUUCCCAUGUAGGCAGAAAGAUGUUCACUCAAUGCAACAUGUUUUUGGAAAUUUCAGAUGGGUCUUUUGUUGUCUGAACUUCUAGGUCCUGUUACCUGACUGUUGUCUGAUGUAAGAGCUGAAUAGUACUGUACUGUACCUCAAUAAGGUCGGGCUUCUUUUCUUUAAGCAAAAUGCACUCAGAAUGUGUUUGGAAUUUUUAAUGCAGUAUUUCUGUAGGGUAUUCCUCUCUGCCCUAAGCAAUGGCAGCAUUUGUUAAAAUAAUGUAAGCUGUGGAAGUUGCAAAUGUUUUGCAUUGAAAGGUCUUGUCUUUUCUGAACAGUGGGGUAAUGAUGACAGGCUGCGUGUGAAGUGGAAUUCAAUAUGCAGUAUUUCUGUUUUAGUGUGGUCCUAUAUAGUGUGGAAGGGCCAUUUGUUCAGGUUGCUGGCUGUGGAAAUUAAAACAAAACACUUCCAUAGUCAUACCUUAGCUCUCCAUCCUUCCACAAAGUAACGUCCUGGCCCCUAGCCUUCUAAAAUAUCUUAAGGGAAAACACAUAUAUAAAUAUAAUAUACGUUUUAUCAUUAAUUGCAGCUAUAAACUAUAUACAUUUUCCAAAAUGUUUUUGUAUGAAAUAGCCUUCAUUUGCUACAUUGAAUCUGUGACUCAGGUUGGACAAAAUGUUUUGCAGAGUUACAUAAAGAAUAUUUAUCUGUACAAGAAAUUAAUUAUUACAAAUAUUAAAUUAUAAUAAAUAAAAUUCCAUUAAUAGUAUCA